GGCAGCCGCCUCUGAUCAGGGGCUUUCUUCUCUGACAGAAUGACCUCUCCUCUGUCACUCUCCACUUUUCUCCAGAGCUACCAAAAAACGGAGCCGAGGCAGCACAGGCUCUGUGGCCUCAAAGAGCUUCCCACAAAACGGUUCCCAAAGUCAGGCCAUCUUGGUCAAAAUCUGACCCCCAACUCUCUCACACACACACACCACCAACAGGAAAGCAAGGGAGAGGUGCUGUAGGGGACACACAGGGAGGUUUGGCCGCCGUCCGCGCACCCCUAGAGGCCGCUGUGGCACCCACAUACCUGUGCACAAGCCACCUGGGGGCACGACCCCCUACUUCCCUGGGGCAAUGGUAGGGGCAGGGGCGGGGCAGUGGCAGGGGCAGGGGCUCGGCGCAGGGGGGUGGGCAGCCUGAGGAGCCGAGGGAGGGCAGCUGCGCAUGUCCACUCCCCCACUCGCCGCCGGGGGGCCCCUGGGGAUCAAGCGUAGACCCCUGCCAGGCCUGUCAGAGCGUCCCAGCGCGCCCGCCUCCCCACGGACACAGAGCCCGCUGCCCACGUCUCUUCCCUGAGCUGCCUGCUGGGGUCAUGGAGCUGCCAACAAAGCCUGGCACCUUCGACCUGGGCCUGGCCACAUGGAGCCCUUCCUUCCAGGGGGAAACCCGCCGGGCACAGGCACGCUGCAGGGAUGUUGGCAGGCAGCUGCCUGAGUACAAGGCUGUGGUGGUGGGUGCGAGUGGCGUGGGCAAGAGUGCGCUGACCAUCCAGCUGAACCACCAGUGCUUCGUGGAGGACCACGACCCCACCAUCCAGGAUUCCUACUGGAAGGAGUUGACCCUGGACAGUGGGGACUGCAUUCUGAAUGUGCUGGACACAGCAGGGCAGGCCAUCCAUAGGGCCCUGCGUGACCAGUGCCUGGCUGUCUGUGAUGGUGUGCUGGGCGUCUUCGCUCUCGAUGACCCCUCGUCUCUGAUCCAGCUGCAGCAGAUAUGGGCCACCUGGGGCCCUCACCCCGCCCAGCCCCUCGUCCUCGUAGGCAACAAGUGUGACCUUGUGACCACCGCUGGAGAUGCUCAUGCCGCUGCUGCAGCCCUUGCACACAGCUGGGGGGCCCACUUCGUGGAGACCUCAGCCAAAACACGGCAAGGCGUGGAGGAGGCCUUUUCCCUGCUGGUCCAUGAGAUCCAGAGGGUCCAGGAGGCCAUGGCCAAGGAGCCCAUGGCAAGGUCCUGUAGGGAGAAGGCCCGGCACCAGAAGGCCACCUGCCACUGUGGCUGCUCUGUGGCCUGAAGGUCUUGGCCAAGAAAUGUAGACCUCCCCCCAGGCCAGGGUGAUUGUUUAUUUGACAUGAGACCCCUGAAGCAAUUAGCUUUGAGGGACACAUUCAGUAUACUAGGGAAAGAUGGACACCUCUCUUGUUUUCACUUGGUGAGGGGCUUUUUGGUAACAUGGGAG